GGGAGGACAACCUCAGGACACUGCGAAGAUCUCAAACUCCUGUCUUCACUCACUCAAACUCUCUGCUCCGCACUAAGACAGGUGUCAUAAUGACAAGCAUGCACUCUCUCGCUGGUCUUCUUCUUCUCAUCAUCAUCCAAAGCAGCUGGCAGAUUCCUCUGCUGGAAGACGGGGGGAACUCUAGCUUGGAGCCACAGGAUACCCUCAUAGAGGAGCCAAAUGAGGUUCCCAACAUGAAAAGGCAUUCAGAAGGAACAUUUUCUAAUGACUACAGCAAGUACCUGGAGAACAGAAGAGCUCAAGAUUUUGUACAGUGGUUGAUGAACUCCAAAAGGAGUGGCGGCCCUUCCAGACGUCAUGCAGAUGGAACGUUCACCAGUGACGUCAGCACCUAUCUCCAGGACCAGGCGGCCAAAGAAUUUGUGUCCUGGCUCAAGUCUGGACAAGCAAGAAGAGAACUUGAAGAGCCUCUCCGCAUAGAAUCACUGCAGAGACGACAUGUAGAUGGGAGCUUCACCAGCGAUAUGAACAAGGUGCUAGAUAGCAUCGCUGCAAAGGAAUAUUUACUUUGGGUGAUGAACUCCAAACCCUCUGUGGCAAGCAACAAACGAGAUGGAGAACAAUAAGUGCUUCCUUGUUCAACUCAAUGAUUCUCUACCACAACUUAAAAGAAUGCAGUCUAACAAUCUUUAAAAGCCAUAUUGCUUAGCCAACAAAGAUGCUAUGAAGAUCGUAAGCCAUAUUUUUAUUGUAUGCACUGUGGCAUUGAAACAAAUAUCUAUUUAUUUUCCAACAAAAGAGGAACACCACAUAUUGACUAAUGGGAUAGACUAUUUUUCUAAAGAUAUACAUUAUUUUCUAUAGUUGUUAUUUUGGAGGAAUACUGUAAUAUGCUCAGGUAAAAUGCCCAUGUCUGAAGGAGUUGGUGUGGAAAUGUAGUUUACAAAUGUUUUAAAGUGCCAUUGAUAAUGGUGUCAUGCUCUGCAAAAUAAACUCAUUCAAUAUGUUCA